UUUAAUUCUUCCUAGAUGAGGGAUAGGGAGAACAAGUUUUUAUUUUCAAGUAUGAUAUUGAACCAAAUUCAAGCCAACCUGUGACAUCAUUACCAUGGAGGAAAUCAGAAAAAUUGGUCCACCUUCCAUCUGUUUAGCAUUAGUUUGGAAGGAUAUUUGGGCUACUGUAGAAUAGGAAAGAUCAUCGAAAGCAUUUCAGCUUAGAUUCUGCACUAGUCAUCCUGCUUAGAGAAAGUUAAAUCAAAAUCUCCAAGUCAUAAUGAUGGAAGUUCGUGUCCUUUUCUUCUUAGAUGUCAUCCAUGUUCUUAUAAGAUAUGGUUUAAAGAGAUUUGAUUGCAUGCAGUAUCUGUCUAUCUUUCUGACUUCAUGCCACCAAAUAUAUAUAUAUAUAUGGCAGCAUUUACUUCAUAUUUAUGGCUUCAGUUACCGAUUAAGCUAGGUAACACUGUUUAUGUUGUUGCCAACAAUCUAUAUUCCCUGAGCUAUAGAGUUUAGUCCACAAUACCAUCCUCUUCUUGGUUUAUUGUGGUAUGCCCUAGAGCAAUUGAGUGGUCAACUGCUGCAAGAGUAGGGUUGGAGCGGGAUUUAAUGUUCUGUAUAUGUUACUGCCCUUGACCAAAAAAGAUUAACUGUAAAGAAACUAAGACCAAGAAACCGUUCAUUCAAUUCCAAGGUGUCAACAGAUUCACAAAUCUACUUCCCAUUCAAUUUGGUUAAAUUGGAAGAUCUAUAUGUUACUCUUCCAAGCCGAUAACCCACCUGUUUUUAAGCAAGAAUAAACUUUUGUUGCCUAUGAAAUGGCCCUUUUCAAAGAGUAAAUAACCAAGACACCAAUACUUUUAGAUCUGUCCAUACUUCCUGAAGGAAAGAAAAGGAAAGCACCGCUGAAGUGGCUAGACAUACAGCUCCAUUAUGUAUAUAUGGACUAUAUGCUUUGAUUUGAUUACAAACCAUAAGGGGCCAAGAAUCACUUUAGUUUUCCAUUUCCUAAAUAAGUUAGAGGACAUACUUCGGCCAUCUAAUUGGGAGCCAUCAAGCAUCAACACAGUUAUGGUAGGUAUUAAUUUGCUCAUCCUUUCUUAUUCCAAGCAUGGAUUAUGAGUUGGAUUUUGUCAGGUAAAAUUAUCAAGCAUCUCCUUUUGACAAGGAAUAUUUGAGACUUUAGUGUUUCGUCACCAAUUCUCAGGAUCUUCCAUUUGUAACAUGACUACAAUACUGAACUUGUAAAGUUUACUUGACGGGGGUGUUAUCGGACCACCUUCAUGCAUUGAGACUACUUACACAACAUCUGUUACUAUAAAACAGAAAUUACCUACAGAUAUAUAUAUUGUCAUUAAUUUUAUUAUACUAUAUAUAUAAAGGUUGUGGACUGAUGUGGUUGGUGAGGUAAUUGCGGAGGCACAGCCAUACAUUUACUGCUUAAAGGGGUUUUGGAUUCUGCCAAAUCCGAUACCACCGGAAUAUCAGGUAAAACUACAAAACUUCUGUUGUUAGACUUAGAGGGCUUGUCUUGUAGGGUUUUAUACAGGAAAUAUUGAAGAUGGUUGGGCCCUUGUUGGAUUAAAAAGGCUAGGCGAGUUUCUUCUCCUUUUCUUCCCCAUCUUUCUGAUAAUUUUGGCCAUAUCUGUGAAGCCACUACAUGGUGAUGAAUUUUUUCUUCAAAAUUAAAUGCUGCCUCAUGUGUUGAUGAAGUUGUUAGAUUACUGCCCUUUUGCCUUGGCAAUCAUUGUGAGUGAGAUCUCAAAAGGGCAUGCUCCAAUUUUCUGAAGUUAAAAUCUCUCACUAUCUUUUGAUCAAACGAAAAGAAAAUCGCAAAAAUGAAGUUUAUGAAACUUGGGACACGGCCAGAUACCUUCUUUACAGAAGAGGCAACCAGGUCUGUGAUAUCAGAUAUACCAAGUGACCUUGUUAUACGAAUCAAUAACAUCAAUUUUCUUCUUCAUCAGCUGCAGUUUUCACUUCUACCGAAGUGUGGCCUCUUACAGAGGCUAUGUUCAGAUUCUGAAGAUUCAAAUGCUGUUACAAUAGAGCUGCAUGAUAUCCCUGGAGGGGAAGAUGCUUUUGAGCUGUGCGCUAAAUAUUGUUAUGGAAUAACAAUCAACCUCAGUGCUCAUAACUUUGUAUUUGCAUUUUGUGCUGCAAAGUUCCUUCGAAUGACAGAAGCUGUCGAGAAGGGAAAUUUUGUCCUUAAACUUGAGUCCUUCUUUAAUUCCUGCAUUCUAGAAGGUUGGAAGGACUCAAUUGUCACACUACAGACAACAGUCAAGUUGACAGAGUGGUCAGAGAACCUCGGAAUCGUCAGAAGAUGCGUUGAUUCAAUUGUUGAAAAAAUCCUCACACCCCCUGCAAAGGUAACAUGGUCCUACACUUAUACUAGAAAAGGGUUCAACAAGCAGCAGCAAUCUGUUCCCAAGGAUUGGUGGACGGAGGACAUAUCCGAUCUUGACAUAGACCUUUUCCGAUGCAUAAUUAUAGCUAUUAAAUCAACAUAUAUGCUCCCACCACAGCUCAUUGGUGAAGCUUUACAUGUUUAUGCCUGUCGUUGGUUACCGGAUGCUACAAAGAUUACACCUCCAGAGAGCUCAGUGUCUCAGACUGACGAUGUUGCAGAAAAUCAUCGAAAAAUUAUUGAAAUCAUCGUGACUAUGAUUCCAGCAGAUAAAGGGUCAGUUUCAGUUGGCUUCUUGCUAAGACUUCUUAGCAUUGCAAGUCACCUAGGUGCAUCUACAGCUACAAAGACAGAACUUAUAAGGAGAUCUAGCCUGCAAUUAGAGGAGGCAACAGUUAGUGACCUGCUAUUUCCUACACAUUCAUCCUCCAAUCAGCAUUAUUAUGAUAUUGACUUGGUUGCAGCAGUGCUAGACAGUUUCUUGCUGCUAUGGAGAAGAACAUCACCCGCACCUAUCGAAAAUUCCCAGUCUAUGAGAUCAAUUAGAAAGAUUGGAAAGCUUAUUGACACUUACCUUCAAGUGGUCGCUAGAGACAUCAACUUACCGGUAUCAAAAGUUUUAUCUGUUGCUGAAGCUUUGCCAGAUAUUGCUAGGAAAGAUCAUGAUGACCUGUACAAGGGAAUCAACAUUUAUCUCAAGGAGCAUCCUGAACUGAGCAAGGCAGAUAAGAAGCGUCUAUGCAGACCUCUAGACUGCCAAAAACUCUCGCCAGAAGUCCGUACCCACGCUGUAAAGAAUGAGCGCCUACCAUUGAGAACAGUCGUGCAAGUCCUAUUCUUUGAACAAGAUAAAGGCUCGAGGGCAAAUGAUCAAAGAAUGUCAGCACAGGAGCAACUACUCUCCAGAGGGAAACAGAUACCGUUAGUGAGGGACGAGCUAAGUAAGCUACAAUUAGAACAGCAUGAACAAACCGCCCCACUGGAGGGAAUAGGGAAAACCCCAGCACCAUCCGAAAGCAGCUCAAGAAAUCAUCAAAAAAUGAAGAGAACAGAUAAAAAGAUAGCGUUGGAGUCAGAGAAAAGGGUGGUGAGGGAAGAAAUAGAGGAAGUAGAAACUAAAGAUGGAGGAAGCUCAGGAAGCAAGAUUAAUGCCAAAAAGAUGAUGAAAAACAGAAGUGGAUCAGACCAUAGCCGUGAUAAAAGUAGAGACAGGUAGAUAAAUUUAGACCAUCCCGAUCAAUUUUCUCUUUUCUUGUUGGAAUCAUGUUCUUUCUAUAUAAAAAAGAAAAAAAGAAGGGUUAAGUUUAGCUUAUCCAUCUGUGUUAGUAAUCUCUUAUACAGAGUUGAAAGCUCUAUGCAGAUUGCAUUUUUGUUUUUGUUUUCGAUUUGAUACAUCAACUAUAUGCCAUAUUUGUACUGGUUAAUUUGCAAUGUCAAAUUACUACUGAUUAAUCA